UGCCGCGGUGAUGGGCGCGCCGGUCCCGCCCCGCGCAGCGCCGAGCACCGCCCCGCAGCGCGGCUUGGCCGAGGGGGGGCCCGCCCGAGCCCCGUCCCCGGCACGGCCCGGGCGCAGCAGCCGCAUGUCGGGGCCCGGGGCGCAGAGCCGCAGCCGGCGGCUGCCCGCCGACAUGGAGCAGGCGCAGCGGAGCCUGGACGCGGAGCAGAUGCAGCAGCAGCAGCUCAAACUGCGGGACCGGCAGAAGUUCUUUGAGGAGGUUUUCCAGCAUGACGUGGAUUUCUUCUUCCCCAUGUCCCACCUGCAGAUAGAGCAUCGGAGGCCUCCCUUAGGCAGCAUUUCUUCCAUGGAGGUGAAUGUGGACAUGCUGGAGCAGAUGGACAUGAUGGACCUGUCAGACCAGGACACAGUGGACGUGUUUCUGGGCUGUGGGACAGAGGAGAGCAGCAUUGUUGGAUCCCUGCCAGGGGCAGACGCCAGCCAGUGCCCAGAGGAGAUCACCCUGCAAGUGCCCAACGCAGCCGAGAGCAAGUCUCGCAUUUCCUCCACGUCCUCGGCCUCCACGGAUCUGAACAGCCUGGACACCAGCGAGGAGGGGGCCGAGACCCCCGUGGUGCAGUCGGAUGAGGAGGACCUGCAGGAGGACAGUUCCAAAGAGCAGGUGGCAAGAAGCUAGCAGGCAGCUGUGCCUGGCUCCCAGCCUCCUCCGUAUGGACUUGCCAGCCCAGAGGAAGGAAAACUGCUGGUGCUCAGCAAACCCCUUCCUGGACUGCUGCCCUACCAGAGGGGAGAGAUGGUUUUCCCCUCCUCUCCCUCCACAGGUUCUCCUGGCAGACAAAAGAAGGAAAGGGGUAUUGUAAGCUCCCAAACUUAACUCUUCAGGCUUUGCUGCUAACACUCCUUGCUUCACCCCCCCUCAAAAACGCUGAGCAUUCCACAGCCCCACCACUCCCAGAAAGCCAUCCCUUGGGACCCCAGCUCCCCCUGUUCUACUGACAAAGGUUCUGCCCAGACAAGCACUUAACAACAGAGGAAUAACACUGCACACAGAGAAAUAACACUGAUCUAACCAA